AUGGCACAAUUGCUCCUGGGCAAGUCGGCAGCGAUCACGGGGGCAGUCACUGGCAUUGGACGAGCGAUAGCAAUUGACUACCUCAAGCACGGUGCCAAAAUUGCAGUCAUUUACUUUCCAGACGACAGAUCAGCACAGCAGUUUGAAGACCUGCGAAAGGAAGUCGGACAAGAUGCGAGCUUGAUAGGUGUUGCGGGAGAUAUCUCCAAACCAGAAACAGGGCAAGAACUGGUAAAGAAAGCAGUGGAGAAGUUUGGCAGAUUGGACAUCUUCGUGAGCAACGCUGGCGUGUGCCAGUUUGCAGACUUUUUGACUAUGUCACCCGACCUGGUCAACCACACCAUCUCGACAAACCUCAACGGUGCCUUCUUCGCGGUGCAAGCAGCCGCUCAACAAAUGUCCAAGCAGGAGCCACAAGGCGGAAGUAUCAUUGGCAUCUCCUCGAUUUCCGCUCUGGUCGGCGGCGCCGGUCAAACACACUACACUCCCACCAAGGCCGGCAUUUUGUCGCUGAUGCAAAGCACUGCGUGUGCGCUCGGCCAGUAUGGUAUCCGGUGCAAUGCGCUACUGCCAGGAACUAUUCGUACGCAGCUGAAUGAUGACGACCUCGCGGAUGAAGAGAAGAAAAAGUACAUGGAAAACCGAAUUCCUUUGGGCAGACUGGGCAAGACGAAGGAUCUCGCAGGUCCCGCGGUGUUCCUGGCCAGUGACUUGAGCGAAUAUGUCACUGGCGCACAGUUGCUAGUUGAUGGAGGCCUCUUCGUCAAUCUGCAGUAG